UGAUGGAAAAAAGUAGAAGCAGGUAACAUUUAGACUAGUAUCAUGACAGGAUUUCUGUGACUGAGUGAUUGAUCCGGAUGUCUUAUCACUGUCAGAGCGCAUGGAGAGCACGCACCUUAUGAGUGACUGAUCUGCACAGCCUGUCGAACCCCAAUUUUUGGUCCUGAAGUAGGAUGCCGUCCCUGCACCAUGGAGCAAUCUUCAUCGGAGCCUUUCUCAUUGUGACCGGGGGCUCCACAGCCUUUCUAGCCUUGUCCCAGAGCCGCCUGCAGGCUUUCUCCCUCUGCUGUGUGGUGCUGGGAUUCGUCAUGCUCAUUUUGGGUCUCUUUUGGGCCAUGAACAGCAAAAAUACUGCAAACUACAAUCACCAAGAUUUUGAUACAGAGUGUCCACAUUAUCCGUACAAUGACUGCCCCAACUUUGGAAGCCAUGGCCUCUUCACACCCCCAGGAAACCGUUUCCCAGAGUCCCAGUCUGUGUUUCUUCCAAGAACAUUGGAACGCCACAGGCAUGGUGCACAUGGUGAGGAAUUUGACUACCCGCCAAUGGAUUCCAAUGGUUUUAGUCCACUGCCCCAUCCUCCUCUGUGGCUCGGUCCCCCACCACCAUAUGAGGUUGCCAUCAAGACCACCUGCAGUUCCACACAUCUGCGGCGUGCAUACUCGGACACGCAGCUGGCCUCAGAACCCCUGUUUGGACAGUCCAGAGAGAUCAGCUUUGAGGUGUGAUGCUGUGGACCUAUUGCCUUGAGCAAGUGACUGGGCAUGAAACUGGGACUAUUAUGAUUAUUAUGAUUUUUCUUUUUUAAGCUAUAGUUUAUGACAGAGAGAUUUGCAGUAUUCUUCUUUCUGAGCAGGUUCUCGCAUGCUUCCAUUCAUUUUCU